AUGAUUUCUUUGAAAGACUCGGGUGCUAAUGAUCAGGAGAUUGUUGGCAGAUUUUUGCCCUACUGUUCCAAUGCUAUUUCGCUCAAGAAAGAUCCUGAUGCUCAAACUGCUGCAUACAUUAUUUUGGCUGUUUUGGGCUCUCAGUUCCGUUUAAAUAAAGAGGUCAAGAGUGCUGCCAUUCAGAGUAUCAUUCUCAACUGGUCUCGUGCUUCAGUUAAGAGCGGUUUCUCCUGUAUCACUCAGUUGGUCAAACUCGAUGACACUUUAGAGCCGUUUGAAAAGGAAGAUUGGGAUGCCAUCGAGAAGAUUCGUGCUAUCGACACUGAGAUUAACGCUUUGUCAGAGCAGUAUGAUAUUAGCCAGUUUAUUGUCAGAUGGGCUUUGUCUGUUUUGAAAUACUCUCCUGAAAAGAUUUACCUUGUGCAAUCAGUGCUUGCCAGUGGAAAGUUUGGUAUCAGCCAUGGUCUUGAUAUUGUGUUAAGAGCCAGUAUCAAGCUUGCUACUCAAGCUUCUGAUGCCAAUGUCAAGGAGCAACUUGUCAGUUUGUUUGAGUUUGUUCUUAGUUCUGAGGAAGGUGCCAAGGGUUUCAAAGAGGUACUUGCCAACGCCGGAGUUAGCUUUGAUCAACUUGAACUGGGCGUUCAGAGCUCGAUCCAAACCAAAUUUGCAUUUGUAAGAGGUCAAGAAGAAAGUGCUGCUGUUGAUGACGAUGUCGAAAUGACUCAAGCUGAAGAGCUGACUGCAACUGUGACUCUGACUGAGGAGUUGAAGUCCAGAUCUCCAGUAAAGGUUGCUUCAUUCUUGUCUCUUGAUACUAACAAGGAAUUCCGGGAACUGGUUAAUUUAUUCACCUUGGGAUUGCAAUCUUCUCAGAGCGACAUUCUCAAGUCAUUACAGAUUGAUGCAGAAUCACAGCCAUCAUUUUUGGUUAGAAUAUGGACUGGUGCUUAUGCCAAUCUUGCUAGAGUUCGUGCUUUGGAGUUGUUUAGUGCCAUUGUAGAAGAAAAUCCCUCUGUGGACUAUCAGGCUGUUAUCCCAUUUUUGCUUGUUGCUCUUUCCGACGAGUCGGAACGGGUUAGACGAGGUGCCAGUAGUAUCAUUCGCAGCUUGGCUACCAGAUAUCCUAUUAAGAAACCCACUGUUUGGGCUUUAGACAAUCUUUAUGGUGAAGGAGACCAGAGCUCAGAGGUGAAAUGGCUUACAUCAACUAACAUCAAGGUUUUGCUGAAUGAUGUUCUUUUGCCUAAUAUUGACGAGUGCUACUUGGAUGCCGAUUAUAUCUCCAAACGUAUUGGAGAGGUUGCUUCUGAUAAGGAAUUUAAGUCUUUGCAAGAACCUCUACUUACCUUUUUGACUAGUCACGUUCUGUCAAUGAAACUUCCUCAAAUGAAGGUCAGCUUGCUGCAAAUUUUGAGAAAGUGGGCCAAGUCCAGCUCUACCUCUAAGCUUCUGACUCCUUUGCUUACGUCUUGGAUUGACGAACGAGACACUUGGGUCAGUAUCUGUGAGGAGGAGAGAGUAUCAUUUGAUAAGCUUGAGACUGCUGUUGUCAGUAUUGUGUCGUCUGGAGAAAAGAGUGGAAUCGCAUUCUUGGAGCAAGCCAUUCGCUCCUCGUCUAAUUUGAGUGACAAGGCUGGCCAAAGACUUGUUUAUCUGUGGAAAUCAGCUGCUUUGAAACCAGAUACUCAACUUGGUCUGCUAAGAUUCUUAUCAGAUGUUGCUGUUGAUGAAUCGAUAACUUAUGAUAGUUUGGAAGUUUUAAACAACAUUGAGAUCACCACACCUCACUUUGUUUCUCUUUUGGAUGAUUGCAAGUUGGAAAGAGACAGUGCUGCCGCUAAUAGCUCUGGUUCCAGAAGUGGUACUGCAUCUCCUGCUGUUCCCAAGAGACGAAGAAGAAGCAGUAACUCAUCGAGAGAAAAGUUCAGAGGUAGCGAGCUCAUCUCUUUUGCCGAAAAGCAUUUGCGUAAAUUGACAGUUAUUUUGGAGCUCCUUGACAAGAACAAGUCAGAGGGACCCAGUUGCAUGACCCUAUUGUCUCAAUUGUUCACUAUUCUUGGUGAAAUCUUGUCUUUAGGAGCUGAUUCUAACUUGCCAUCUCUUUACACAGAACAGCUGUUGGCCAAUUGUAUGAUAUCGGCUGUUGAACAACUCAAGCACCAAAGACACACCAAAAUAGACUCUGCUCUUGUCCGAGUCGACAUUAUUGUGUCUUGCAUUCGCUCUUCAUCGAGUCCUCAGGUUCAAAACAGAUUCCUGUUGCUUGUUGCUAGUCUUGCUGAGCUUGCUCCUGAAGUUGUUCUCCAUAGUGUUAUGCCUAUUUUCACAUUCAUGGGUGCCAACACCGUUAGACAGGACGAUGAGUUUUCUGCACAUGUUAUUCAACAGACCAUUUCACAAGUUAUCCCAGCUCUUGUUUCUAACAACAAUGGAACUAGUAAUGAAGAGAUUGAGUUCUUGUUGCUCAGUUUUGUUGCGGCAUUUGCUCAUAUCCCUCGUCACAGAAGAGUCAAGCUGUUUGGUGCUCUUGUUAGAACCUUGAAGCCCGAGGCCAGUCUUCACAAGUUGCUCAUUUUGUUUGGCAACAAGUAUUCUGAGGCCAAGAUUAAGAGAAAGUCGGCUGACCUCAAGUCGUAUGUUCAAUUUGGAACUACUUUUGUAAGAUCGUUUACUGUAGUUGACCAAGUCACUGCUAUCAGAAACUUCCUUGCUGUUUCGGAAUCGAUUCCUUUGACAGAGGGUGAGACUCCCAGCGAAGGUGGUCAACUCUUUACAGCUCUCACCAAUGGCAAUGGUACCAAUGUUACUGACAAUGCCACUCUCAAAGCUAAUGUGUACGAAUUCUUGACUAAUGUAUUUGGUGAUGAUGACAUUGUUGGCGGGUAUCCAUCACUUAGAGCUCAAAUUCUUAAAGAGGAAGCUGACAAGGCUGUCGUCAUGGAUAUUUGUUCUGAGAUUAUCGAGCAACUCUUGAAGACAAGAAAGGCCACUUCUGAUAAUACCGAGCUUUCUGCCGUUCCUUCUCUCGCAGAGAACAUUUUCAACUUCUUGGGCAAGAUGUUAGAGGUGCUUCCUAUGGGCAGUUUUGUGGAGGUUGUCGAGUCGUUACUUGCUAGUUCAGAUAUUGACGUCAAGGUCCAUCUUUUGGCUCUUGUGCAAAGCAAGUUUGAUGUCGAGUUGUCCACUGAUGAAGAUGCUGUGAAGGCUGCUAUCAACUGUACUGCAUUGUUGAAAAACUAUCUGUCAUCUACUGAAGAUGCCCAUAUUAUUCAGCUUGUUCUUGACGACUUGGAUGUCAUUAUUGCCAAAUUCGGCUCUCAAAUGAGCCCUGAAGAGCUGCUCGCUGCAUUGACUGCUAUUGUUGGUGAGCGUGGACUAUUGAACAGCGAUAUCAAGGUAUUUGUUGCAGCUGUUGCUGCCUCCAGCAGUAUCUCAACUGUUCUGGGUGCAAGAAUGAUUGGUUUGUUUGGCAAGAUCGUACCAGUUGUGUUCAAGAGAUUCGAAACCAGCUUGGCUCUGGAAAACAAGGACGAUGCAAAGUUGAUUCAAUUGGCUACUUUUGGUCUUGUAUCUGGUCUUGUUAAGAGAAUCCCCUCGUUUAUGACCUCGUCAGUUAAGAAAGUUUUCGAAUUUGUGCUUGUUAGCAAUGCCACUACUGUUGAUGUCCGAACUCGUGUGAUGGAUGUUAUCCGAAACAACAUUGAAGACAAGCAGGUAAUCUCGGCCCUGACUGGUACCUGGAAAUAUGCUGUUGACAAUGGAAUGGACUCUAUCAACAUUUUCCUUGACAGUCUUGACAAGGUUAUUGACGUUAGUCCUAAGAAGGUUGUUUCGUCACAAUCGUCGAUUAUCAUUGGCUUCUUGUUGCAAGCAUUUGAAGUCCGAGGCCAAGGCAACUAUGGAAAGGAGGAUACCAACCGUAUUGAAGCCAAGGCUGUUUCCAGUGCUAUUAAAGUCAUUAUGAAACUCAACGACAAGACCUUCCAACCCUUCUACUUGGAAGCUUGA